GAGAAUUAUAAUUGAAGUGGAUAUUUAAAUGAAUGGGGUUCAAACGCCGACAGCAUCAGUGGUAAUAUCGGAGAAUUGGCGGGACUCACAACGACUAGCCACAGGGCUUUCUUCUCAUCAAGAUCCAUCCAUUCACCGAACAUUGUUCUUUCUUUCAACAUUCUCUGCAUGCAUGCGCUAUUGCUUCUUGUUCUUGUCCGGGCUUGGCUGCGAUUCGUGAGUUAAUGCGCUGCUUCUGCUGCUCGGUGUCUCGCCCAACGGCUGGAUUAUCUUGUGGGUUUAGAGACGACCCUCUCACGUACGCCGAUGUGAGUGGUCUGGCCUGUACGAUAACACAUGCGACGGCUUCUCAGAGAUCUGGUCUGUUUUGAUCUGGUCCAGGACCGACCACAGCGAUUGCUGCGGUCAAAUCUCAGAGCUGGGCGAGGAGUCUCGAGUACCCGCGGUAUUGGCUACUCAUUAUCGGCCAAACUGAAUCACUCGGUGAUGAUGACAACUGCCAAGUAAUGGGAUUACUCAAGCUAAAUAAGCACGUUCUGCCGUGUAAAAAUUCCAACCCAGAUGGUCUGAUCACAAAUUCAUGUUCCGAGGGAGAGAGCCCUGGAGGCACCGUGUGAGGUUAACAUUAUCUUGUAAUCUCCGACACAGGUGGAACGGAAGAGUCUCCGCCAGAUGCUGAUGGUAAAGAAUAACCUCAAUCUCUGAUGGUACUGGCUCAGUGGCACCUUUUGAGGUUAAAAUUAUCUUGUAAUCUCCGACACAGAAGUGGAAGGAAAGAGUCUCCGCCGGAUGCUGAUGGUAAAGAAUAACCUCAAUCUCUGAUGGUACCGGCUCAGUGGCACCUUUUGAGGUUGGAUUUAUCUUGUAAUCUCCGACACAGAAGUGGAAGGAAAGAGUCUCCGCCGGAUGCUGAUGGUAAAGAAUAAUCUCAAAUCUCUGAUUGUACCUGCUGCCCCAUGUACCGCUUACUGUGGCAGCUUUCUUGAACCUUUAGCAUUAAUUCGGAGGACAUAGCGGUGUGGACUCAAUAGUAACAAGCUUGAAUAUCAACACUGGCAGCCAAUCUAUGCCUCAUCGAGUAAUGCAAUUUGCAAGCACUCGAGUGCAAGAAGCACGCAGGAGGUGAUGGCACGUCAGUUCCUCUGUCUGCCUGUCGGCGCGUCCAACACUCGUUAAACCUUGGUCAGUCCGCAACGGCGGGGUGCAUACCAUCCUGAUGCAGCCGUGAAUCCAGUAAAAACUUGGUUCCACAUACAGUAGUGAGGCUAGUUGUCUAGGGAGACCAUCAAUUUCGCUUCACAGACUUGUCGAGGAGAGCUUUCCUGAUUUCGGCAUCAGUUUAUAGAUACUUCGAUUCUGUGAUAAAUAGUCUGUGAACAGUGUGAGGGUUUAAGAGCUUCCUUUCCGCCUGCGUUCAGCUUCCUUGACUUAUCAAAGAGUCUGCUGGAGAAUCUAUAAUGUGGUUGCUUUCGAGCGUCGUUAUCAGGAGCCUAGUUGCUUUCUCCAAGACGAAAAAGAAGAAGAAGAAUGGAAUCUCCUCGAAUGCUGGAGCCGGUCACCACUCAACAAUUCUGAUUUCUCCGCUGAGCCGUAGCCUGAUUGCAUUUCCCGUGUAGAGAGUUUCUGCUCAUGUUUCUCAUGGCAAAGACCGACGAGUAUCGGGCUUUGAAGAAAGGGACUUGCGGUUCUUUAUUCUGCUGUUUGUAUCAAGCACAACUCGAAGAAAAUGACUGGUAUAGUUCAAUUACACCAAGGAGAGCAUUGAAGAUAGUUCUACAGUAUGCAGACACGGAGGUCUUUCAACCCAUGCAGGAGCGGGUGGUAGCCCUUGCAUUUGAGGAAAUUGCAAAACUUGUCGUCACAGAAUCUGGAUGGCGAGUUGUUGCGCCUCAGUUGCCAAGUUUGUUCGAACGAGCUAUUUUUCCUGCGCUCCGUUUCAAAGAACAAGAUAGGUUGGACUGGGAGGAGGAUGAGGAAGAUUACUUACAGAAAAAUUUACCAAUGACUCUGGAACAUAUUGGUGAAGACGAUGGUCUUACACCUCGCCAAAGUGCUGUCAAUCUUCUGGGAAUGAUCGCCAUGUCUAAGAGACAGUCGGGCACGCGAAAGUUAAAGGAUCGAGUUCAAGAAGGAACGAUUGGUGACACUUUGAUCUUUCCAGUUCUUCUCAACUUUCCCUUCCCUGAGAAUUUUUUUGUCCCGACCUCUGAAGCGGCCAGCAACUACUUUGGUACUUUAGUGGCUUAUGGAGGUCUUCGACAGUUUCUUAAAAUGCAAAGUCCGGACUUCGUUACGAUGAUUAUCCACACGAGAGUGAUGCCCAUAUUCUCGAUGACGACAUCCUCUCCUUACAUCGUUGCGACUGCUUGCUGGUUGAUAGGAACCUUAGCUACUUGUAUGCCAAAGAUGCUAAAUAAAGAAGUUUACAGUGGCCUAAUGAAGGCCUUGCUUACACCCGACCAAGGAGAAGUUUCUUGGCGUCCGGUGCGAACUACAGCAGCUCGAGCGAUGGUCAUUCUCUUGCAGGAAAUGUACAUGCCUCUGAGUUGGAUGCCACUUCUGAAUGGAGCUGUGGCAGGGGCCAGGAUUCUUGAUGUUCAAGGAGCUAUAUUGUGCUUUCAGCUUCUGUCUGCAUUCAUUGAGGCUGGUGGUCCCAGUAUUGCUCACUACGUUCCGAGCAUAACAUCUGGUGUUCAGCAAGAAAUUUCCAAGCAUUUAAUUCCCUGCGAUGGAAGUUGGCCCCAGGUCGUGGAUGAAGGGUUCUGCGUCAUGGCAUCCUUAGUGCAGAUAUGGGAUGCGUCGGAACCCCAGAAACCAGAUGGAGGUCAGGUGUGGCAAAAGUGGAAAGCGGGAUCUGCAUUGGUCGCUGGCUCGUUGUCUCUGCUCUUGGAGCGCGCCUGGCUGCAGAGUGGAGAAUCAAAAAGCUCCUCUCCUCCUCCUACGUGUCUCAAUGAUUUAUCAGUACUUCUGGCGGCAGUCUUGAAGUUUAUUGAUAACCCAAAAACAGUGGAAACAUUAAAGGUGGAGGCCUUAUUGCAAGCGUGGGCUGAGUUAGUGGCUCCUUGGAAAGCUUGGGAAGAUAAGCAAGACAUGGCAGUUUUCGAAGUCAUUGACGAAGCUCUCAGUUUGCAGGCGAGGUGUCCUUUCUUCCACUUUGGAAAUGCUUCACCUAGAAUUCCACAAUCAACGGAUUUGCGAACCAUUGUUACAAUCCAAGGAUUUGUCACAUUUCUAAGCUUAUGUAUGGAAUCUGGUUGCGUUGCCGCCUCCUCUCGGGCCUGCAGACGAGCGCAUUCUCUUCUGCAUGUUUGUGUAUCCUCACAGGAUAUUUUAGAAAAUACAAUUAACUGCUUCACAAACUCUGCAAUCAGAAGACUCAGGCAGUUGAAGAGGUCACUCAGUAUGCCCCUCGUGAAGUCACUUCUGCUGGUCAUAGCAACAUGCUAUGUGUUACUGCCGUCUUCUGUCGAGCAGGUUCUGACAGAGAACAUGGUAUCAAGAAGUUCCAGCAAUAAGAAUGGAUUCAUACGAUGGGGGGAAGCUUUUGCAGCCCUCGCUGAGCGCGGACGCAGUCCAGGUCUAUGCAAGCGUACCGAGCUGAAACUAGCUGUUAUCACGUUUGUGAGAUUGGUCAGUCGUCUGAGUGAAACUGAAGAACAGUACGGAUCAGCCGGUACUACUCUUGCCUGCAGUUGUCUACUCUCUAUUCUGGAAACAGUAUCAAGGAUGAAGCAACUCGAAGUCAAAACUCAUGAAGAAUACGAGGAAUGUGGAGACCAUGGCAUGGAUGAAGAGACGUGGGUUGGAAGAUCAGAGCAGUAUCGUCAGUACAGGAGGGAGCAGCUGUCGAAAGAAUUGCAGAAGGAGGUGGAGUGGAGUUCGGAGGAUGAGCAUGAACUUGAAUUGGGAUUACUAAACCUUGUAAAUGAAGAAGGCGCCGUAUAUUCUUGCCUGAAGAGGUAUGCAACCAAAUACCUGAUGAAAGAUUCAAUACCACAAGUGGUUUGUGACUUUGUAGAGAGCUUCCCCGACUACGGUAGCGCCUUGAGCAUACCACCAGUUUUGUAGGUUAGUAUGUACAUUUGGACUUUACAACAGAUAUACAUCGAAGGAAAAGUGCUUCGUUCAAUGAAUUUAAUAGGGUCAGAGGAGCUACACAGGAGGAGUGGAGCUCCAGCCCUGUCUUUGAAUCUGGUGUGGGCGCCAACACCUGAAAGCCUUCAUGCUUUUUCAAAUGCCACACAAAUUUCGACGUUAGCUGUAAAUAUCCAGGUUGGAUAGAAGUAUCCCAGUUUCCUUCCUUUACUCCAGUGUGGAGUGAAAAUAGUAAAUUUCAAGCAUUGAAACUCGAGUAGGACUAAGUUAAGAUGCUGCCUGGGUUGUGGUAUUAUGUAUAAAGAGCAGUGCAGAUUCAUUGUGGGGCUUGCCUUCUUGAGUUGUUGGUAACCACAAAUCUUACAUUUGCAUGUAUAGAUCGAUGUCUUCUAUCAAGAGAAGACUGCAUUACAAACAGUUAUCAUUAGAGACUAGUUAUCAUUACAAACACCAUCCCGUACAGCACAAUAGUCGCUGUAUUACAGUACUUGAGUAGACAAUGUAGGAAAACAAGUGCGGAAGCCGAAGAUCUGUCAUUAUGAGAUAUGCUUAUGGAUUUCGAUUGUCCCAUAUAAUGUAUCGUAUCCAUAAAGACGGACUCAAAAAUAAUUAAGUAGGGAAAAGUCUUUCCUAUUUCUCAUAUUCAAAAAGCACAUCAAUUCACGAUAGGAU